UUAAUUGAUUAGAUUACCUCGAAAUGAAGAAACGAAUUUCGCUUGGCGCGGAGAAGACGAAUCACAGUGACGUGAGACCGGAGGAACUCUCUUUCGAAGAGAGAGAAGACGAAUCAGCGCUGCUCUCCGUCGAAGCUCGCCGAGAGAGGGGAACGAUGCCCGAGGUGGCCCCGGACAUGGAGGAAGCUAGCACCGACUCCAGCUACAAUGGCAAUGGCAAUGGCAACGGCAAAGGCAAAGGCAAAGGCAAAGGCAACAGCACCGACGGCCCCGGGAACGACAGCAGCGGCGGCAACAAGGUAGGAAAUCUGUUCGAGACUUUCAUGAGUACGCAACAGUUCCAGAACUCGCUCAAAUCGCUCUUCCAGCGCAAGAGGCCGUCCAUCGGAGACGAAUCCGAUUCCCCUAGGCCCCUUCCCUUCCUCUCACAGCUCGCCAACUCGGUCGUCUCUCGCUGCGCCAGGAACCUCAAAACGUCUACUGAAGAACUGCAGCAACGUUUUGAUUCAGAGCUUCCAGAAAGUGUUAGGACACCUUUGGCAUAUGCCAGGAAUUUCUUGGAGUUUUGCUCACUUGAGACCCUGCAUGUGUUAACAAGAAAUCCUAAUUAUUUGGGCGAUAAGGAGUUCCGGCAAUUAACAUUUGAUAUGAUGCUUGCAUGGGAGGCCCCUGGGAGUGAAGUAGAGAGUCUAGAAAAAGAAGCUAGUUCUUCUCAGGAAGCAGUGGAUGGGGAUGGUGGUUCACUCUUCUAUUCAAGCUCAACCAAUAUGGCUGUUCAGGUGGAUGACAAGAAAACUGUUGGACGAGAUGCCUUUGCGCAAAUUGCACCAGCUUGUGCUGCUAUAGCAGAUGCGAUAACUGUCUACAACCUUUUUGAUGUGCUGACAGGCUCUUCAAGCCAGCGGUUGCAUUUUAUCAUGUAUGACAAGUAUCUCCGAAACCUUGACAGAGUUAUCAAGGCUGCAAAGAGCGCACUGGGCCCUCCCCUUCCCAACCUUCAGCUUGCUGAUGGGGAGAUUAUUCUCGACGUAGAUGGUACUGUUCCCACUCAUCCAGUACUGCAGCAUAUUGGGAUUACAGCAUGGCCUGGACGCUUGACUUUGACGACUAAGGCUCUGUACUUCGAAUCGUUGGGAGUUGGUGUUUAUGACAAAGCUGUCAGAUAUGAUCUGGCAACUGACAUGAAGCAGGUUAUAAAGCCUGAAUUAACUGGACCAUUGGGUGCUCGUAUAUUUGACAAAGCUGUGAUGUACAAAUCUGUAUCUGUGACGGAACCUGUUUACAUGGAGUUUCCAGAAUUCAAAGGGAAUUCCCGCAGGGAUUAUUGGUUAGAUAUCUGUCUUGAGAUACUACGUGCACAUAAAUUUGCUAGAAAAUAUAAUUUCAAGGAGAUCCAGCAAGCCGAAAUUAUUGCACGUGCUAUAUUAGGCAUAUUCAGAUGUCGAGCAAUUAGAGAGGGGUUCAACAUCUUCUCAUCACAGUACAAAACCUUACUUGCCUUUAACUUGGUUGAGAGUCUUCCAGGGGGAGACAUAAUCUUGGAAACUCUGUAUAGUCGCCUGUUGCUUAUAGAUGGUGGUACUCUUGUUAACGAUGGUACUGGCAGUCCAUAUACAAAACAGAUGAAGAAACUGCCCCCUGUGGCACUGAUCACACUGAGGCGACUUGGAUUUACCUUACUAAAGCAGGUAGAUCUUGGUGACGAAGCAGUGGCUGUGGAUGUUUGUGUUGGUGAUACAAAUCCAUUUGAUAAAGCCGUGAAGAAGUCAAUACUGGAUACUGGAAGAGUUGAAGCUGCUCAGGCUUCUAUAGACCAAGUAAAAGUGGAGGGGAUUGACACAAAUAUGGCAGUGAUGAAGGAACUGUUGUUCCCAGUCCUACAGUUAGCUCACCAUCUUCAAGUCUCGGCUUCAUGGGAACAUCCUUUCAAGUCAACUGUAUUUCUUGCAUUAGUCUGCUUAAUGAUUUAUAGGGGAUGGAUUCGAUAUGUAGUCCCAUCAAUUUUUGUUUUCUUUGCGGUUACCAUGCUUUGGAGAAGGCACUUCUACAAGGGGAAAUCUGUAGAAGCAUACAAAAUAAUAGCUCCUCCAAACCGUAAUCCAGUUGAGCAGCUGCUGACACUACAAGAUGCAAUUGGCCAGGUUGAAUCACUCAUUCAGGCUGGGAAUAUAAUUCUGUUAAAGAUUAGAGCUCUCUUAUUUGCUGUACUUCCUCAGGCUACGGAGAGAGUCGCUCUACUUCUGGUCCUAGGGGCCGCAGUUUUUGCAUUUGUGCCCCUGAGGUGCAUACUUGUUUUCGCAUUCCUCGAAGCUUUCACGCGGGAAAUGCCCUUAAGGAGAGAGAGCAGUGAGCGGACCCUCAGGCGGUUGAGAGAAUGGUGGUUCAGGAUACCGGCAGCUCCAGUUCAGCUGGUCAGAGCCGAGGACAAGAAAAACAAAUGAUAGUCAUUGAACUGACCAGAACUGAGAGAUGAGAAAAAAAUGAAAGCUGUUAAGCUGAUCAGAACCGAUGACAAGAAAAACAAAUGGAAUCCAUCCGACUGACUAACUGUGCCCUUCUGUAUUAAGUCACAGCUGAAAAAUAUCAGGUUGUAAGAGCCAUUGUCAGUUUAGACUUUACCUUCCUGCUGCUCGAUUUUUUCAUACAGAGCACAGGCUUUGUGCAGAGGAUUAGAAAGAUCGCAAUGCUAUGAAGAGUGGUGAUCGGGUCUUCUUUAACAGUUGGGACUCCUCACGGGGAAAACCGGUCUAGAUAUAACUUUAUAGCUAGAAUUUUACGUCAUACUCAGUUUUGAUUGGUUCAGUCUCGGUUUAGGAGUGGCUUGAUUAUGGCUUUCGAGGAAGCUGUUACUUGCCAUUUGAAAAUAUGCAGAUAUACGAACUUCAA